UUCUUCAGGAAAUAAUUUGUUUUCUCUUUGUCUGUGCAUAUGUAGUGAACAGCCCCCCCUCCUGCUCAUGAUAGAGGGCUCAGAGUUUUUACCUCUGAAAUGAGGUAUUUUAAUGCCAGAUUUUUAAAAAGGCUGUGAAUUUGGGGUGCUGAAUUCCUUGAAAAUCUGACUUUACAGUUUCUAUAAAAGUGUUCAUGGCCUCAGUUGACUCAGCUUAUUUUUUGAGUUCUUGCCAACUGCUAGACUGGAGCCGUUGAAAACUCAUUUUCUAAAUUACCCCUUUUAAAGGCUGCCCAAACCACCAGGAAUUUUGUCUCUGUUAUUGAUUUAUUUAAAAUGAACUUAAUGAGUCUAACUCCAGUGUUUGAAGGUAGUCAUUAAUUAGCUAAUGUUUUAACAUAAAACGAUCAGUGGAUUGAAGAGGAUAGAAAUACAAUUAACUAUUGAUCGCUGGGAUUAGGAUAUGGUAAACCACGGGAGGCUUCUAGCCUGCCUUCUAUUGAAAAGCCUGCCCUUGGCUUAGAGGAAGCUUGGACGGACUAUGUCCAGAACGCUGUCUGCCGAGGGGAAAACACAGCAGUCUCCUGGGAACCAGCAGUAUGUCCGUUCUGUUGUGUUUUUUGGUUGAGUUUUUUUUGUUGUUGUUUGUUUGUUUGUUUGUUUGUUUUUUUUCCAUCUGGGAUAACAUUCUUCAUUAUCGUAGCCCAUACUUCUCCAGAAUUUCUCGCAAGGAGGAAUUCCCAGGCUGCGAUUUCGAUCCUGCAGUUACCGCCGGUGCCGCGCUGCCCGCCGGAGCCGGAGCCGGAGCCGGGCGUGUCCCGCGGUGUCCGUGUGUGACACCGGGGCGCGUUCCACGGUCGCUGGCCCCCGCCGGGCGCCGGCCACCCCAGCGCCGGCUCCGCUCGGACCUCGCCUCUCGGAUCCGCCGAUCCCCUCCUCGCCCGGGGCUCGGCAGAGGCCGUCGGGGCCCCGCCGUGUGUGCUGUGCUGAGCCCAGCCCGAGCCCAGCCAUGGUGCUGGCGGACCUGCACAGCGCGGCCGCCACCGCGGACCUGGCCCAGCUGCGGCAGCACUGGUGGCUGAACAAACACCGCAUCAAUGGAUACAACCGGGACAAGCAGACACCUCUGCAUCUUGCUUGUAUAAAUGGCCAUGCAGAUGUUGUUCAGUUUCUGGUAGAAAAGAAGUGCAAGCUAAACCCUUGUGACAGACUGGAUAAAUCACCACUAAUAAAGGCAGUAGAGCACCAGCACAGGGACUGUGCAGCUAUUCUGCUGGAACAUGGUGCCAACCAUGACCACAGGGCUGUAAACGGUAACACUGCCCUUCACUUUGCUGUCAUGGCUUCUAGCAAAUCUCUAGUGAAGCUGUUACUUGAGCAUGGUGCAGAUAUUGAUGCUAAGAAUAAAUGGGGAUACACUCCACUUACUCUGGCAAUCAUUGAAAACCAUGAAGAAAUGGUCAAGUUCCUUCUUCAAAAAGGAGCUGACGUGAAUGCUCUGGAUAAAGUUUAUAGGACCCCUCUUGCAGUUGCUACUCUUUCUGGGAAUAACAAAGUAAUACAACUUCUUCUUCAACAUGGUGCUGUUUAUCUUGAGCCAGACAAGGAACUCUACCCAUGUCAACCUUUCACCAAAAUUGUUCAAGAUGAUCUCAUUGCUAAUGAGCAAAUUGGGAGUUCCUGCUAUGAGACAACUCCUGUCAUUCCCUUGGAAACAGCUGCCUUGGAAGAGUCAUGUGAUGUCCCAAAAGUAGAAGCAGCAGAAAAGAAAAAUGAUGGUCCAGCUGCAGACCAAAAUAAAGUGUCUAGGUGCUCUAAUAGAGUGCAGCCCUACAGAGGAGACUACAAAGCAGAAGGAGCAGAGAAAAAGGAAGACAAAUACUCCCUCUGCAAUCCUGAGACUGAUCCUAAAAGUCGAGGGAAAGUGCGGGCCAGAGUGCGGCAUCUUGCUGCAAAGAGCACCAGGUUGGAUGCGCGCUCUGCUGCAGUGGAACAUGGCAAAGGUGUCUUGCCAGCAGCAGCAUCAGUAGAAGCAGAAAAGGAAGAUUGUGAUUCCUCCUGGGAUUCUGAGCCUUUUUCUGCAAUUGUAGAAGAAGUGUUUGCUGGCGGACGGCGUCCUGCUGCAGACCGCAAAGGAGUGGGUGUGCGCUCUCUUGCAGCGGAGCGCAGCAAAGGGGUCUUGCAACCAGCAGAAAAAUCAGGAGAAGAUGAUAAUUCUUCUUGGGAUACUGAGACUGAUUCUGAAGGUGAAGGGAAAGUGUUGGCUGCUGUCCAGCUUGCUGCUGCAAAGAGCAACAGGUCGGAUGUGUGCCCUGCUGCAGUGUUACACAGAAAAGGGGUCUUGAAACAAGCAUGUAAAAAAGUGAAAAAGGAAGACAGACACUUGCAGCCAGGAGGGAGGGAAGCAAAACAGGAAUACAAUGAUCUUCCCUGGGAUUCUGAGACUGAUUCUGAAGGUCGAAGGAAAGUGUUGGCAGAUGUGCAGCUUCCUGCUGCAGACCAAAACAGAGUGGGUGUGAGUUCUGCUGCAGUGGAGCAUGGCAAAGCUGAAGGAGCAGAACAGAGGAAACAUUAUAUCUCCACGUUUGAGAACAAGCUCAAGGACCUGAAAAAACCUCUUAACAAGAAGGAAUAUUAUGCUGACUCAGGGAAGAAUGCCCAAAAAGAGAAGGCUCCAAAUGCAAAUGGCAAAGCUGGAAACCACAAUCCAGCAGCAAGCCAAGACUAUUGAAGUCUUUGAGACAAUCCAGCAACCUCUUACCUCAGACUCUUCUGUGGACACAGGUCUUUGUCACCAUGAUUUUCCUCACACUAUCAAAAACUGUUUUGGAGAGAAGUUAGCAAAGCGAGCCAAUCCCUGAGGCUGGGUCACCCUGCAGGUGUUUCCACCAUUUUGGGUGUCUCUUUGUUGCCAUGAGAUUUGUGAAAUUUAACAAUUUUCUAUCUAGUGAUUACUUACUGAUAUUGUUUGCCUGUUGCUGUUUUGCUUGUCAAUAAAUUGUUAUCUAUUCUCUUA